AUGUUUAGGCACUCAUCAGAAGAUAUCAUGUGUUGGCCUAGACCUUGCUCAGUGAUGUACAGUCUGAGUAAAUACUGCAGCCAAUCAGAAGACCGAUCUCCCAAGGGUAAUAUUAAGUGGGAGGGAGGGCAUAGUCCCCUUGUGACUCAACUGGGCAAUGAGGGGCUCAAAGGAACAAUGUCUACCAAGCAGUCACAUCUCGCAGAAGACCUGUCAUGCCCCAUCUGUGGCAGUAUCCUGCAAAAGCCCGUAGUGCUCUUUUGCAGACAUCGAUUCUGUAAAGUUUGUCUGGAGAGCCUGUGGAAUGGUGGAGGAUCUUGCGAAUGCCCCCUUUGCUGUCAGCCAUCAUCUGUGGGGGAGCUCAUAGUCAAUACCACUCUUGAGAAGACCUGCGAGGGCUUUCUGGAGCGCUGCAAAAAUGACCCUCUUGCGUGCAAGGAGCAUGGUGAGACCUUGACACUCUUUUGUUUGGAGGACCUGGAACCCACUUGCAGCAAAUGCAAGUCAUCUGCCAAUCACCAGGGUCACAGGUUAUAUCCAUUAAAUGAAGCUUCACAUGACUGUAAGGAGGAACUGAAAAAUGCUUUGAAACCACUUCGGGAAAAACUGAAGCACUUCCGAAAAGCGAAACUCUCUUGUGAGCAAACAAUAGAUCAUAUUAAGAGUCAGGCAGAGAACACGGAGAGGCAGAUACGAGAGGAGUUUGAGGCGCUGCACCAGUUCCUGCGAGACGAGGAAGCAUCCAGACUUUCCAUGCUAAAGCAAGAGAAGGAUCAGAAAAGGCAGAUGAUGAGCGAUAAGAUUGAAGAUUUGGAGAAUGACAUCACUUCACUCAGCAACACUAUAAGAACUGUUGAACAGGAGAUGAGAUCUCAGGAUAUCCCAUUCCUCAAGAAUUAUAAAGACACCAUAAAGAGAACCUGGCGUGUGCCCCAGGAUCCCGAGAUGAUAACUGGUUCACUGCUUGAUACAGCCAAACAUCUAGGCUCAUUAAAGUUUAAAGUCUGGGAAAGAAUGAUGGAAAUCAUUCAAUAUACUCCAGUAACUCUUGAUCCAAACACCGCGGCAAGCUGCUUUCUCCUGUCAGAGGACCUGACUACAAUACAGUGCUGUUCUCAGACCUUUAAACUCCCAGAAAACCCUGAGCGCUUCGAUAUAGGUGCAGAGGUGCUGGGCUAUGAGAGCUUCAGUUCUGGGCGACACAGCUGGGACGUGGAGGUCAAAAACAACACCUACUGGGUCAUUGGAGUUGCAAGUGCAUCUGUCAGCCGGAAGGGAAAGCACGUGUUGACCCCUGCAGAGGGAUUCUGGACCAUUCGGCUACGAAACGGAGAGUAUAAAGCCUGUACUGCCCCAUGGUCCCCGCUCACUAUGACUAAGGAGCCACAGGUGGUGAGAGUCGUAUUGGACAUGAACAGGUCCAGGGUGACUUUCUACGACCCACGAGAGAGAACGCCUCUAUUCACCUACAUGGACAUCAUCACUCCGAGAGCAUUCCCAUACUUCUGCAGCGCCUGUAAGGAACACCCACUGAAAGUGUUGCCAGCUUGGAUCUCUAUUAAGACAGACUGAUGUGAAGAACGUCCCUCUCAGCGUUUCUUUCCUCAAGGCUCACCUCUCAUGUUUCAUGGUGCGUGUGGGUGAGCUAGGAUGGAAAUAACCUUCAGUUUCACUUGUUUUGGAGUUUAAAAACCUGUGGUUUUUAAAAGGUGAAUGUCUUCAAAACUAUCAAUGCUUAGAUCACAUUUUACUUGAGAGAAAAUGAAAUAAGGGGUGUUGAGAUAUACCCAUAUUGACGAGAAUAUUGACAUUAAGAAAAAUAAAUAUUAAUAUCACAGUAGUAGACUAUUGCACUUCAAUGCUGGUUGUUAUUGUCAAAAUUGAAAAAGAAGACAAAGAGGGCGCAGUGGCUGCAUCUGAAAUCACAUUAUUUGCCAAUUAUAUAGCAGACGAAAAACAGCAUGUGAAAUGAGCAGUAUUUAUGAAUUCACAGUAUUCACAAAACUGCAGGCAGAAAGUACCCAGAUGACCUGCUACUUGAUUCUGAAGCGUGCAUCCAAUGGACACUUUACUAUCCCAUGAGAGGAGUUGUGAUGCAACUGCUGGUAGGUCUCAUGACUAUGACAACAUGGCAAAUAUAGUAUGUCCAAAUUACAUUCAUUUUAUAUUGAACUUUUUUUAAUGGUCGCAAAAUAAUUCCUUAUUCAAAAGAAGUAACCGCUUAAUCCAGCCAGCGUGUAGAUACUACUGCCACUCAAAAUCAUGUCGGAAGAGACGACAGGUGAAAGCCAGCCACUCUACCCACACCUGAACAAAGUUCCCUUCACCAGAAUGGAGUCCGUAAAAAUCCAUAUUUUCAGUGUGAUUCAUUUAAGUUAACGAUGAAUUUGACUGACUGCUUUAAAACAAACAAACAAAAAAAAUCUAUAGACAUUGCAGUUAUACUGUUAUCAAGAAUUCUUUUGGUCAUGAUAAUCCUGUAGUGAUAAUCUGAUAUUGAGACAGCCCUAAUAAGAAUUAUAUUAUUUAAAUUUCAAUAUUUUGGAUUUUUUAAAAAAAUUAAAUAUAUGCAGUGAGAUUCAAGAAAAAUAAAACGUCAAUGUAAGGACAUUAAAAUCAGAAAUGGGGAGUGUAGUGAAAAUCUGAUAUUGUGACAUACUCAAAUAAGAAUUCUAACAUUUAAAUAUAUAUAUUUUUUUUAAUUAAUAAAUAGAUUAUU